GAGGCGGAAGAGGGAGCCGACGGCCUGGGUUUCCAGCAGCCCAAAAGCAUUUAUGAGCGGGAGGAUGAUUACCGCAGACGGCGAUUAAAUCGUAUCCUGUCGCCGGAGCGCAACGACGCGUUCGCUAUGGGCGACAAGACGCCAGAUGCCCGCGUCCGCACAUAUGCAGACAUCAUGCGUGAGCAGCAGCUGAACCGGGAGCUGGAUAAUACCAUGGUGAAUAUUGCGAAGAAGAAGAAGGAGGAGGCGGAGGCGCGCGCGGCGGCAGCGCCAGUGGGGCAGCCUGCGCCGUCAGGGGGAGUGGCUGCGCUAUCAGGACCCACGUCUACCUCAAUGCCAGCCCCCCCCGCGCGAUCCGAAUGGGAUGCAGACGCUACAGAGGCCACGCCUGGGCUGGGGAGCCGCUGGGAUGCGACGCCCGGAUUGGGCCUGGCGGAAGCAACCCCUGCAGCGAACCGUUGGGAUGCAACACCUGGCUUGGGGGCUGGGGACGCAACACCAGCAGCCGGGCGUUGGGACGAUACAACGCCGGCGGGGGCCAAGGGGGCAGCGCCCACGCCACGGCGUAAUCGCUGGGAUGACCCGACGCCAGCACGGCCUGGCGAGACACCCGCUGGCAGCUGGGGCGGGGAGACACCGGCGUUAGCUGGGGCCGCAGCCAAGCGGUCCCGCUGGGACCAGACGCCCGCUUUGGGUGCCGCGACGCCCGCAUUCGGCCCCGGCGUGACACCUUCAUUCUUCUCCGCCGCCACACCCGCAGUGGGUGCCCCAGGCGCAACGCCGCUUCUGGGCAUGGAGACGCCGUCACUGUCCGCGCUGGGCGCCGCGGCGGCUGCUGGCCAGGUGACGCCAGAGGCCUACCAGGAGGCGAGAUUGCAGCGGGAGAUGUGGGAGCGCAACCGGCCUCUGACAGACGAGGAGCUGGAUGCGAUGCUGCCGGGCGAGAAGGAUGGUUACAAGGUGCUGGCGCCGCCACCGGGGUAUAAGCCUGUGAUUGAUCCGGCGCGGAAGCUGAUGGCGACCCCCACACCAUUGGUUGGCGGCACACCGCUGUACUCCAUGCCAGAGGAUAACCCAAUGCUGAAAGCGGACCUGCCGGUAGCUUUGGAGGGCCUGCCCGAGAUGAAGCCGGAGGACAUGCACAUCUUCAGCAAGUUGCUGCAGGACGUGGAUGAGGCGGAGCUGUCCGCGGAGGAGGCUAAGGAGCGCAAGAUUAUGAAGCUGCUGCUCAAGGUCAAGAACGGGACUCCGCCGCAGCGGAAGAGUGCGCUCAGAACGCUGACGGAUAAGGCUCGCGAGCUGGGAGCCGGGCCGCUGUUUAACGCCAUCCUGCCGCUGCUAAUGCAGCCCACUCUGGAGGACCAGGAGCGCCACUUGCUGGUCAAGGUCAUUGACAGGAUCCUGUACAAGUUGGACGAGCUCGUACGUCCAUACGUGCACAAAAUCCUGGUGGUCAUCGAGCCGCUGCUGAUUGAUGAGGACUAUUAUGCACGCGUGGAGGGUCGCGAGAUCAUUGCCAACCUGUCUAAGGCAGCAGGCCUGGCCCAGAUGAUUGCCGCUAUGCGUCCCGAUAUUGACAACAUCGACGAGUACGUGCGCAACACGACGGCACGUGCAUUCAGUGUCGUCGCCUCAGCUCUCGGCAUUCCCGCACUGCUGCCCUUCCUCAAGGCCGUAUGCUUGAGCAAGAAGAGCUGGCAGGCACGACACACGGGCAUCAAGAUUGUGCAGCAGAUUGCCAUCCUGAUGGGUUGCGCGGUGCUGCCACACCUGCGUUCCAUGGUGGACAUUGUCAAGCAUGGUCUCAAGGAUGAGAACCAGAAGGUCAAGACCAUCACAGCGCUGUGCCUGGCGGCGCUGGCGGAGGCAUCGACGCCGUACGGUAUUGAGUCGUUUGAUGACGUACUGGAGCCGCUGUGGCGCGGCAUCCGCUCCUUGCGCGGCAAGGUGCUGGCAGCCUUCCUGAAAGCCAUCGGCCACAUCAUCCCGCUUAUGGACGCGGAGCACGCGUUCUACUACACGCGCGAGGUUAUGGUGGUGCUGCGCCGCGAGUUCAACACGCCGGACGAGGAGAUGAAGAAGAUUGUGCUGAAGGUGGUCAAACAGUGCGUGGGCACGGAAGGCGUGGAGCCCGACUACAUCCGCAACGAAAUCCUGCCCGACUUUUUCAAGGCAUUUUGGAAUAGGCGAAUGGCGCUAGACCGCCGCAACUAUAAGGCCCUUGUGGAAACGACGGUUGCGCUGGCCAAUAAGGUGGGCUGUUCCGACAUCGUGUCGCGGGUGGUGGAAGACCUAAAGGAUGAGUCAGAGCCGUACAGGCGUAUGGUCAUGGAGACUAUUGACAAGGUCAUUACCGAGUUAGGCGCGGCGGAUAUUGACGCGCGGCUGGAGGAGCUGCUCAUCGACGGCAUCCUGUAUGCGUUCCAGGAGCAGGUGGCCGAUGAUUCGCCAGUUAUGCUCAAUGGUUUCGGUACGGCAGUCAACGGCCUAGGCAAGCGCGCGCGGCCGUACCUGCCGCAAAUUUGCGGUACCAUUAAGUGGCGCCUCAACAACAAGAGCGCCAAGAUCCGCCAGCAGGCCGCCGACCUCAUUGCGCGCAUUGCACCCGUCAUGAAGCAGUGCGACGAGGAGGGCCUUCUGGGCCAUCUAGGUGUCGUUCUGUACGAGUACCUUGGUGAGGAAUACCCUGAGGUGUUGGGUUCGAUCCUUGGCGCUCUCAAGGCCAUCGUCAACGUGAUCGGUAUGACCCGCAUGACUCCGCCCAUCAAGGAGCUCCUGCCGCGUCUUACGCCUGUCCUUAAGAACCGACAUGAGAAGGUCCAAGAGAACGUGAUUGACCUGGUGGGUCGUAUCGCUGACCGCGGCCAUGAGUACGUGCCCGCCCGCGAGUGGAUGCGCAUCUGCUUCGAGUUGUUGGACAUGCUGAAGGCGCACAAGAAGGCCAUCCGCCGCGCCACCGUCAACACGUUUGGCUACAUCGCUAAGGCGAUCGGCCCGCAGGCGAGUCUGGCUGGGGAUGUGCUGGUAACGCUGCUGAACAACCUCAAGGUUCAGGAACGCCAGAACCGCGUGUGUACCACAGUGGCCAUUGCCAUCGUGGCUGAGUCCUGCCAGCCCUUCACAGUGUUGCCUGCGCUCAUGAACGAGUACCGCACGCCCGAGCUGAACGUGCAAAAUGGAGUGCUCAAGGCUCUUUCCUUCAUGUUUGAGUACAUUGGCGAGAUGGGUAAGGACUACAUCAACGCAGUGACUCCUCUCCUGGAGGACGCUCUGAUGGACCGAGACCUGGUGCACCGCCAGACGGCCGCCAGCGUAGUGGGCCAUAUGUCGCUAGGCGUGGCAGGGCUGGGCUGCGAGGCGCCGCUGGUGCACCUGCUCAAUUACGUGUGGCCGAAUAUUUUUGAAGUAUCGCCGCACGUCGUACAGGCGGUCGGCUUUGCAGUGGACGGCUGCCGUGUGGCGCUGGGUCCCUGCCUGGUGCUGCAUUACGUGCUGCAGGGCCUGUGGCACCCCGCACGCAAGGUGCGCCAGGUCUACUGGAAGCUCUACAACAACCUGUACAUUGGCGCACAGGAUGCACUGGUAUCAUUCUACCCUGCCCUUGCGGAUGAGGAGAGCGGCAGC